CGAGCGAAAGGUGACGAACAACUUUAAUAUAUACGAAUGAUGCUGUGAAAUAUUUCAAAUGAUUUAUAACUUGAUGUGUGUACGUAUACUAGUCGGAUAAAAAACAUUCGAUUCGGUUGUUCUAUCUAAUGUUCUAUGACUAUGAUAAAAGUUUUUUUUUGUGAAAUAAAAAGUUUGAGACUUUAUAUGUAUUCAAAUGCAUCAAAUUAUUACAAUUGUAAAAUCAUAUUGUAAUAUAUUACGUUACAUUAAAUUUCUUUGAAAUUGUCAAAUGUCAGUAUGUGCCAAUUAUUAUCGUUAUAUUUUUUUAAUCAAAGAAUCUUCUGAUCUUUGAUAUCUUGCUACGUUUCAUCGAGUCGCAAUGGUGCGAGGGAACAUAAAUCUCUCACGACCAUCUCGAAAAAAACGAUAUGUCGACCCCAUGACGGCUGAAUGAUUUUAAUGAUUUCCAUGCGAACGUAUUUUUUCAUGCACGUUUAUAAUUGACGGAAAUAAAGAUUGAAGUACUGUGUGUUAAAUGUUCAAGCUUAUUUAACAAACAACAGCAGGGUAAUAUUGGCUAAAACAUAUAGUUAAUGAAAUGGGUAGUGCCUGGUGGCAGUGCGCUGCAUGUCUGAGAGCACAGGAAGAAGAUAUUUGUGAAUUACAAUUAAAUCACUGUAAUCUUUAUGAUGUACCACCUGAUGUGUUCAUUUAUGAGAGGACAUUGGAGAAAUUAUAUCUUGAUGCCAAUAGGAUAAAGGAUCUUCCAAGACCACUCUUCCAGUGCCAUGAAUUGAGAAUACUUUCCCUUAGCGAUAAUGAGGUUACUGUUUUACCACCCGCCAUAGCAUCGUUAAUUAAUCUUGAAUAUUUAGACUUAAGUAAAAACAGUAUAAAAGAGUUACCAGAUAGUAUAAAAGAAUGCAAGAAUUUACGUUCUAUAGAUAUCAGUGUUAAUCCUUUUGAAAGAUUUCCUGAUGCUAUUACGCACAUUGUUGGAUUACGGGAACUAUAUAUAAAUGAUGCAUAUAUAGAAUAUCUUCCAGCUAAUUUCGGACGGCUUUCAGCUUUAAGAACAUUGGAACUUCGAGAAAAUAAUAUGAUGACACUUCCCAAAAGCAUGAGCCGUUUGGUAAAUUUGCAAAGGCUUGAUAUUGGUAACAAUGAUUUUACCGAAUUACCUGAAGUUGUCGGUGAUCUUGUCAAUCUUACUGAAUUAUGGAUAGAUGGUAAUGAUAUACGACGUAUAUCUCCAAAUAUUGAGCAGCUAUAUCGUUUAAAUCAUUUUGAUUGCACUAUGAAUGCAGUACAUCUUAUUCCAUCAGAAAUACGAGGAUGGAGAGAUAUAUCAAUAAUGAACCUCUCAUCAAAUGAAAUUUAUCAGCUUCCAGAUACAUUGUGUUAUUUACGUACAAUUGUGACACUUAAAAUUGAUGACAAUCAAUUAAAUGCACUGCCAAAUGACAUUGGUCAGAUGUCAAGCUUAGAAGAGCUUAUAAUCACUAAGAAUUUCCUUGAGUAUUUACCGUCUUCUAUAGGACUUUUACGAAAAUUGCAUUGUUUAAAUGCAGACAAUAACUAUUUGCGAUGUUUACCACCAGAAAUUGGAAGCUGUACUGCGUUAUCUUUGCUUUCCUUACGAUCAAAUAAUCUUACGUGUAUACCACCAGAAAUGGGCCAUUUAUCCUCGUUAAGAGUACUUAAUCUUGUGAAUAAUUGUAUUAAAUUUUUACCCGUCUCCAUGUUAAAUUUAACUAAUUUAAAAGCACUAUGGUUGAGUGAUAAUCAAAGUCAACCAUUGGUUCCACUACAACAAGAAUUUAAUUGUGAAGAAGAUAUGAUGGUAUUAAGUUGCUUCAUGUUACCUCAAAAGCAACGUCAAGAUCUUGAACAAAUGGCACAAGUUGUAGGACCAAUUUCAAGCUCGAUAAUUGGAUCUGGGAAAAGAAUAUGUUUUGCUGCUGAGGUAGAAUCUGAAGUCCCCAAUCAACUUCAUCGAGCACCUACUCCUUAUCCUAAAGAAUUGCGUAAUCUUGCCAGGCAUGCUCGAAAUUUACAUCAUCAAACUACACAUGACCAAAAAAUGAAUUUAGAACAGCAAACAAUGAUUAAAGAAGCUAUCAUUACAAAAGCUACAUCUACUUUAGAAAAUGCAUCCAAAUCUGGAACUUCGUUCUCACAAGGUUUUACUAAUAAGAGUUUAUCUUUAUCUGUAUCAACAAUUGAUCAUUUACCAAAAGAUUGUAAGAUUAAUAGUUCUGCAAGGUCAAUAAUGCAUCAGGAAAAAGAACACUCCAAUUCAGAAGAAUCUUCAGAUGAGGCUAAUAAAACAGUACUUGCAAAAGAAAAGAGUCCCGAUAUUCGAGAAGCAAAAUAUGUACGCAAUCCUACAUCUGAUUACCUUGCCAAGACACCUACAGUAGCAGAUUAUGUAAAUUCUACUUGGAUGCCAGAUGAGUACUCUAAAGCAAAUAUAGCAAAGAUCGUGGAAUCUGAUAAAUUUAUAGAACCAUAUAAUACUUCAAUUAUUAUUGAUGGGAAAAGUUACGAUCAAGUAAGAUCAAAUGAAUUUCCACCAGUUCCACCACCAUAUCACAUUGCAGCUGCAUUCUCCAAAAAGGCUGCACUUUUUCAACAAUUUAAUAAUAUACUGCAACAAGAGAACCAUGUAACAAACUUACAGAAUACAUCUAAUAUGUCCAAUGUUGAUGAUAUCCAACACUCAAAUGGAAACGUAGAACCUGUUAAAAUAGAAGAAUAUGUUCAUGCAGCUAUAAAGAAUCCUACAUUUGUUGAUAAAGAAAUGAGUAAUGCUUCGGUUAAUAAUGAAAAAAAAUUGUCACUUAAUACCAAUGAUCUUGUAUCAUUACCAGAGACAACAAAUCUAGAUCAAACAAUUGAGACUGAUCGAUUUUUUAAACCAAGUAAAAUUCCAGUUCUAAGAACAAAACAUUCGGAUACUAUGAAUUUUAAUAGCAACAAUGAUACAUUAAAUAAAAGUGUAAAUUCACUUAUGGAAGAAUGCGACUUGCCGAAAACAUUAAAUGUAUUAAGUAUACCUACAUCUCCUAUUACAGGAAAGAAGUAUAGGAGUCCACUUUCUUCACAAGAAAAAACUUUGAAUCAAUUGAAGAAAAUAGCAAAUGGCAAUAUUUCAAAUAAUAAUAUACUAUGUGAUAAUACAGAUGAUAAUAAGAUGGAAAAUAUAGUAAAAAAUGAAACAAAUACAAACGAUAUUUGUCAUAAUUCUGAUUCUUCUACUACAAAUUGUGUGGAUGUUGAGAAUGACAUAGCCUCCGACAGAAGUACGUCACUUUCAGCUAGUAACAAAUCUUUGAAUAACACAGAUAAUUUAGAUAAUAAAGUACAUAAGAUAUUGAAUGAACCAUUAACAUUAGAAAGAAGACCACGAUUUAAAUGGAUGUUUGGACCUCAUAAAAAUGCAAACGUGUUGCCUGUUCAAGUAAGAAAAAAUCCUGGUCUUGGAUUUAGUAUAGCUGGUGGUGUAGCAGGAGCUGAAACUGGUAUUAUUGUGACAAAAGUAAAUCCUGAUGGCCCAGCUCAAGGUACUCUUAGACCUGGUGAUAAAAUUUUAGAAGUUGAUGGAAUAGAUUUCACCAAAUCUGAUCAUAAUAAUGCAGUUGCCGUUCUUCGAGCUACUGGUGCCGUGGUAUCUAUGAUGAUCAGUCGUCAUCAAUAAUGAAAAAUUAAAAAUCUCUUUAAAAGCGAUCUACAUAGAAGUUUUCACCUGGAUGUUCUAAAACCAAAUUUAUUAAUGAAUGUAACUGUAUCCCAGUGUUGUAUGUUUGCUAAGAAUGCCAUGUGUAAAUUGGUACUUAAAAUGCUUAUAGUAUGCAAUAACUUUAAGCUUUUUGAGGAGAUACUUGGGCAAACUAAAAUGUGAUCUAUAUAAUAAUGUCUGAAUAUGUUAUUUUUUAAAAUUUUAACAUUUUUUAUGGAAUGAGAUAUAGUAUUUGGUCCUUACAGUGUAAACGUGUUUUUACUAAUAGAAGACUAGACAAGGUUCUUUCUUGAAUCUUUACUAUCUAAAAAGCAGAACUUCAUAUUUGUACGCAGUUCUGUGAUGUUGUUUAAACAGUUGAAUUAUGUCAACUUGUUCUCUUUUGCGAGAAUUAAUAAUGUGCCAGAAAACAAAAUAUUAUUUAUUAAUUAUGCACAUACAUAUAGAUAAAUACACACACAUGUUAUGCAUAUAAAUUAUAUAAAAGAUUUAUUAAUUAUAGAUAAACAGGGUUUCUACAGACAAGUACAUCUAUAUCUACAAAAUGUAUAAUUUGCUAUAUUCUUGAUAAUUCGUGAUACGCGCGAAUAUUAUCUUAUAUUUUCUAUAACUUUUAUAAAUUUAUAUCACAAUGUAUAAUAACUUUUGGAACAAGAUAAAUAUGUAUGUGUAUUUUCAAAUAUGCAAAUAAUUCUAUUAUAUUAUAUUUUCAUUUGUAUUUAUAAGCAAAUUAGUCUCAUAAUUAUCAAAGAAUAUAGAAGCAUAUUUUGUGAUGGAUAAUUAAAACUAUAAAGUAAUAUUUUUCUGUAGGAACCUUGUUAAUGUGUAGAAAGAAGAAAAAGAUAUUCUUCUAUGUGCCGUAUUAAUUAAAAAUGUUUAUAUAGUUCAGUUCAUUAUUAUUGAUCACAUCAAAGUUAUUAAUAUUUUUAUAUUAUCUGUGACUGAUUGGAUUCUUCGCACAAUAGUAUAUACGUAUAUUUGAUUUACUUUGCAGUAUGUAUAUGCUGUAUUUUUUGCCUCUUAUUUACAAAGGCUCCUCAUUACAAAAUACAGUUAUUUUCUUUGUGAUUUAACAAUUUUAUAGUAUUUACCCUUAACUUGGUACAAAUAAUAAUUUAACAGACUAACAAUAAGAACUUAUUAUCAUGGUUGUGAUUUAUCUCAUGAUUUUGAGAAACAAAUGUAUAUCUUUUAGAUACUAUGCUUUAUAAAAGUCGAUAGUAGGAUAUAAUAUUAUUAUAUUUUCAGUAUUCUUUUUUUUUCCUAUAAAGUUGCAUUGACAAGUAGAAAAUUACCACAAAAGUAUACAGUAGCAUAUAAAGAAAUAUUUAAAAUCGUAUAAGGAACAAAUAGCUCGAAUUAAUAUAAUUUCGCGUAAUAAAAUGAAUUAGAAUAAAAACCUGUAGAAAAGUUAGGAAUUCAUUGUCAUUUGAAUUUAAUUUGAAUUUUUAAAGAAAGCAAUAAUAUCCACACGCACAUAUAUUGUCAAUCCAUACUUUAAUUUUACUUUGAAUUGGAGUUUUAUAUAUAUAUAUAUAUAUAUGUAUGUAUAUAUAUAUAACUAUCCGAUUCUUGGAAUUGGUAUAUUUAAUAUUAAUCUUAUUAAAUCAUGUCAUAUAUAAUGUUAGAUUAGAUUACUGCAUUUAUAAUGAAACACGAGUAUAUAAUUAAAUUUGCACAGUGUGUUGUUGCAUUUAAAUAAUAAUCACGUUUACAUAGAUAUAUGUAAAUUUACAUUCACCAAAUUGAAUAGAUUCAACUGUCUAAAAGAUAUUUGUUAUGUAUCUUAAACAGUUAUGCUAUAUUGCUUGAAUUUAUAAGGAAUUGUUAGUUACACAAGGAAGAGAAAUUAUACAAAAGAAAUGCAAGAUGCAUUUGGGGAAGAAUUGCAUUUGACAGAGUUGCACUUAAAUGUACAGAUUUUACAAAGAUGAACUUACACACGUAUGUAUAUCAUUUCAAAGCAGUUCCUUCUUUCUUAACAUAACUCAAAAAAAAAGAGUAACUAACAAGGAGACAGAGAAAAUCUUUUUUGAAGUUCUUAUUUCUAAAUGUGUAGAUAUUUGUAGUUACUUAAUGUAUUUAACUAUAAUAUGAUAAGUUGUAAUAUAUGAUACUCCAGUGCAAAUCUUUAACGAUAUACAAGUUAAUAUGUUAAAAAAAAGGAAAAAAGAAAAAAAGAAAAAGCGGCAGAUUAAUCUACGUACUUCCGACACAAAUAUAAUUAUUUUUUUGCGAUGAUUCUUAAAAAGGGCGCAAUAUAUCUAAUUUUGAAAUUAUACAACACACUUCUGUGGAAGUUAAUGAACAAGAGGUGAAAAUCUUGUAGAAAAAAUGAACUACUUAAGAUCGUCUGUCUUUACUUAUAGUUAUAUUAUUAUUUUUGUAUGCAUGAGAGCAGCUUUGUAUUCACAUUUAUGUAUGUAUGUUAUGUGUUACAUAGAGAAAUUCUAAACCUAGUCAUAACAGACAAUGACAUUUACACAUUUUACGUAUGUGUGCAUUUAUUCGCGAACUAGUAGUGUGACAAGCGAUACUGUUACAUCGUAAAUACUACCAUUUUUUAUAUUCGCGUCUAUAUUAUUAUUAUUAUUAUUAUUAUUAUUAUUAUUAUUAUUAUUAUUAUUAUUUGUAUCUUUGUACAAAUUCAAUUUGUGACUUUUUGUACGUGAUAGACACUAUAAACAUUUAUUUUUUUCUUUCUAUAUUCUUAAGUAUUAUUAUUAACGCGAACAGAUAUGUUUUCUGUACGUUUGUUUUUCUAGGACCACCAAUAUAAUUAAGUUAAUAAAAAGCAAUGGGGAUAGGGGGAGAGGAAACGUUUCUCGUUCUACAUCUUACAGAGAAUAGAGUGAGCUAAUAACAAUCACUAAAACAUAUAUUAAGUAUUAAACGGAUUUGGACCAUUAAUAUAUUAUAUAUAUAUACACACUUUUUCUACUAUUCUAACUAUUAAACAGACUGACUAUCUUUUGGACGAAACACUUUAAGGUGGUGUUUGACAAAAUGAAAUGACUGAAUGUUAGUGUAUGAUUGAAAAAAGGGAUAAUAUUUAGCGCAAAUGUACAUAAAUAAAUAUGUCAAGCGAAUGGAAAAUCAA